AUGAGAAUUCCCUUCUUUUCGUGGCUCGUCUUGGUGCCCAUCUGCACACUUUUCCUCAACUUCUCUACUGUCUUUGUGGUGUCUCACCAAUGUUUGGGCAAUCAACGGUUCUUGUUGCUCGAAUUGAAGAAGACCCUUAUAUUCGAUUCUACUUUGUCCACAAAACUUGUUAAGUGGAACCAAAAUGUCGAUUGCUGUUCUUGGGAUGGCGUAACCUGCAACGAGGGACGUGUUAUUGGUCUCGACCUGUCCUUUGAAUUCAUCUCGGGUGGACUUGAUAAUUCAAGCAGCCUCUUUAGUCUUGAGCAUCUCCAGAGCCUGAGUUUUGCUGUUAACAACUUCAAUUCUCCGAUUCCAUCAAAGUUUGACAAGCUAGCGAAUUUGAGUUAUUUAAGUCUAUUCAACGCCGGCUUUGUAGGGCAGAUUCCUAUUGCGAUUUCGCGCUUGACAAGGUUGGUUCAUCUUGAUUUAUCUUCCUAUUCAUCUCCGCUGAAACUUCUGAAUCCAAAUUUAAAUGUGCUUGUUCAAAACCUUCCGGAGCUUGUGGUACUUUAUCUUGAUGCUGUAUUACUAUCAGCACAUGGUAAAGAGUGGUGUCAAGCUUUAUCAUCUUCAGUGCCAAAUUUGAGAGAGUUGGACUUGUCAUGGUCUAAUCUUUUGGGCCCUAUUGAUUCCUCCUUACGGAAUCUUCAGUUCCUCUCAAUUAUUAAUUUGUCUGAAAAGAUAUUCCAGGUUCCAACUCUACAAACGCUUGACAUGUCAUAUAACUCUCGACUUGAAGUUUCUUUGCCAGAAUUUCUCCCAAAUGGAUCUCUUCAAACCAUGGUUUUUAGCUAUACAAAUUUUUCUUCGUCAUUGCCACCUUCUAUCAGUAAACUUAAAAUGUUGUCAAGAAUAGAUCUUGUGGGAUGCAAUUUCCACGGAUCAAUUCCAGACUCAAUUGCCAACCUCACACAAUUGGCCCAUUUGGACUUGUCAAACAACAAUUUCAAUGGAUCAAUUCCAGACUCAAUUGCGAGUAUCACCCAAUUGUCCCAUUUGGACCUGUCAAACAACAAUUUCGAAUCAAUUCCAGACUCAAUUGCAAGCCUCACACAAUUGUCCCAUUUGGACUUGUCAAACAACAAUUUGAAUGGAUCAAUUCCAAGCUCAAUUGCGAGCCUCACACAAUUGGCCUAUUUGAACUUGUCAGACAACAGUCUGUUGUGCAAAAGGUCGCGAAUCUCUCACACAAUCAAUCAAGCGGAACAAACGUGA